AUGGAGACUCGUCACCGUGCUGCUCAGCCAGCCCAACCUCCGAAGCAAGAAGCGUAUGCCCAAGCUUCAAAUCCCGUAUCGCACACUCCACAGGAGCAGCGCGCUCCACAACAGCAAGUCCGCCAUUACGGAGACGCUACCCCGUCGAUCAAGAGAAGUGCUCAGUCAAAGCCAUCCAGCGACGAAGCUCGAGCCCAUCUUGCGAAAGAGCACGAGCAGGAAAGGCGGGAAAUGCAAAAUGCUCCCGACGUUGAUCUCGAAUAUGGAGUAGAGCAGCAACCAUCAGAGGGAGACAUUGCGGAAGCAGUCGGGCGGAAAGGAAUGGGACGUCACCGCGCGCAAGCUGGUGCACAUGCCGGGCCUGUCGGUAGCGCGGCAGGUCCAGGAUACUCAGGGUACGGACAGGAAGAUGAUCUUGCGGCGCACAUGGAUCGCAAGCGGGAGCAGCACGAUCGAUUGCUGGGUGAAAGAGUCGGACAGAGUCCCGCGCAACCGGACUAUGAGGUGGCCGAGAGGGAGGCCGUUCGGCAGCGCAAGCUGAAACAGAAUGAAAAUGUUGAUGUUGAGGAGGCUGUUAAAGAAGCAACGGGAGAUCGCGUUGUUGGGAACUAG